GAGCUUUCAAAAAACACCCCAACCCCCACUCUCACACAAGCUUGAGAGGCAAAUGGCUUAUCAUCUCUGCUCUUCCCCAUCUUCUCGGCCCCCUCACGACCACCCUCUCUUCUGCAACUCUCUCUCUCCUCCAUUCUCGCUCAAACCCACACCUUUUCGUCCUUCUCUCACUCUAAAACACUCCAUGCACCCUUUCUCUCUCCAUUCAAGAACCUCUCUCCAAAUCGGCCGAGUGUCUGUUCAAGACCCAAUUUCAGAAGAUACCCAGAACUCAAAUUCCUCUGAAUUUCCAAAUUCUGAUGAAAAGAUCAGUUCUUCGUCCAAAAGCUACAUAUGGGUCAAUCCCAGAAGCCCCAGAGCUUCGCAGUUUCGUCGGCAAUCGUACGAUUCCAGGUAUUCUUCUCUUGUUAGAAUCGCUGAGUCUCUGAAUUCAUGUAACCCUACUGAGGAUGAUGUUUUCAGUAUAUUGGUUGGUUUGGGCGAGAAAAUUGUAGAGCAAGACGGUGUUGUUGUUCUUAAUAACAUGUCCAACCCUGAAACAGCGCCUAUUGUGCUAAAAUACUUUCAAGGGAAACUUAAAUUGAGUAAAGAAGUGAUUCUUUAUAAUGUGACAUUGAAGGUGUUCAAGAAAUGUAGGGAUUUAGAUAGAGCAGAGAAGCUGUUCGAUGAAAUGCUCCAGAGAGGAGUCAAACCAGACAAUGUUACAUUUUCGACCAUAAUUAGUUGCGCUAGGUUGUCAUCUUUGCCAAAAAAGGCUGUGGAGUGGUAUGAGAAGAUGUCGCUGUAUGGUUGCGAACCCGAUGAUGUUAAUCACGCAGUGAUGAUCGAUGCCUAUGGACGGGCUGGUAAUAUUGACAUGGCUUUGAGCUUGUAUGACCGUGCCAGAGCGGGAAAGUGGAAGAUUGAUGCUGUGACAUUCUCAACUUUGAUAAAAAUUUAUGGGAUGUCGGGGAAUUUUGAUGGGUGCUUGAAUGUAUAUGAGGAAAUGAAAGCACUGCGCAUUAAACCGAACUUGGUUGUAUAUAACACAUUGUUGGAUGCGAUGGGAAGAGCCAAGAGACCUUGGCAAGCCAAAUCUGUUUACAAUGAGUUGAUAAAGAAUGGGUUUACACCGAAUUGGGCAACCUAUGCUGCACUACUUCGGGCCUAUGGAAAAGUUCGCUAUGGUGAAGAUGGCAUCAAUGUGUAUAGAGAGAUGAAGGGGAAGGGAAUGGAAUUGAAUGUUACCCUUUACAAUACCAUUUUAGCCAUGUGUGCCGAUGUAGGGUAUAUUGAUGAAGCUGUUGAGAUUUUUGAGGAUAUGAAGAGAUCCGAGACUUGCAAGCCUGACAGUUGGACUUUCUCAUCCUUGAUUACUAUAUACUCCUGCAGUGCGAAAGUCUUGGAGGCAGAGGCCAUGUUGAACGAGAUGUUGGAUGUGGGUUUUGAGCCUAAUAUUUUUGUCCUGACCUCACUCAUUCAAUGCUAUGGAAAAGCAAACCGAACAGAUGAUGUUAUUCGGACAUUUAAUCGUGUUUUAGAGCUAGGCAUAACACCUGAUGAUCGGUUCUGCGGUUGUCUUCUGAAUGUGAUGACCCAAACACCGAAGGAAGGACUCAGUAAGAUGACCAACUGCAUCGAGAAGGCUAAUUCAAAGCUUGGUUACGUGGUGAAACUCAUCGUGGAGGAUGAAAACGUAGAAAGGGAGAUUUUUAGGAGGGAAGCUCAUCAACUCUUUAAUUCGAUUUCUGCUGAUGUUAAAAAAGCUUACUGCAAUUGCUUAAUUGAUCUCUGUGUUAAUCUCAACAUGUUAGAGAGAGCUUGUGAGUUGUUAGACCUAGGGGUUACACUUGAGAUAUACAUGGAUAUACAGUCAAAGUCUCUGACACAAUGGUCUUUACACUUGAAGAGCCUCUCUCUUGGGGCAGCUCUGACUGCAUUACAUGUUUGGAUGAAUGACUUGUCCAAGGCAUUGGAAAAUGGAGAGGAGUUUCCAUCAUUGCUUGGAAUCAAUACAGGGCAUGGGAAACACAAAUAUUCGGACAAAGGUUUGGCAGCAGUGUUUGAAUCACAUCUGAAGGAACUAAAUGCUCCAUUCCAUGAGGCCCCUGACCAGGUUGGCUGGUUUUUGACGACAAAGGUUGCAGCCAAGUCAUGGUUGGAGUCUAGAUGCUCCCCUGAGCUAGUUGCUGCACAGAUACUGCCCUCGUAAGGGUUUCAUCUUCCAAAAGUAGCUUUUAUUGUUAUAAGAUCUCUAGAAACAGUAAAAGGUGUGUCCAGAAUUCUCCUUUCCUGUCUGUUUGCCUAAUCUAACUCUCAUGGUAGAGAAAAAUUUUGUACUACUACUACUACUACUACUACAUGCAAACAGUCCAUUCACACUAGGCUGAUUUAUUGCUUAUUUUACUUGAAUGUGUCGAUAGAGUUAAUGAAUCACCAGUGACUUGAAGGCAAGUUCUUUAUCAUCAAUGGGUGUUAUGAAUAUUGUUUCACAAA